AUGACGGGUAGAGUACCAGGAAACUUGCCCAGCAACACUGAAAUCAACCCUAAGGAGCACGCAAAGGCUAUAACAACCAGAAGUGAAGUACAACUGCCAGAGAUAUAUGUAAAAAGAUUGGUAGCUAGCAAGGAAUCAGCACCAACCUCAGAUGAUGAAAUUAUGGAACAGACUGAACAAAUAAUAGGGGAUGUGGUCAAGAAGAAUUCCAAUACAUCACGGGGUACAGCUGCCAUUCCUAUCAACCCUCAUGAGCCUCCUAUUCCAUUCCCACAGAGGUUGAAAAGUAGAAAUUGGAUCAGCAAUAUAGAUAUCCUCUCCAACAAGCAAAAGAUAGAAGAAAAUGAAACAGUGAUGCUAACUGAGGAAUGCAGUGCUAGAAUCCAGAGAAAGCUGCCUCCAAAAUUAAAGGAUUCAGGGAGUUUUACUAAACUCAGCUUAGGAGAAGCUAAGGCCACAACAGUUACAUUACAGGUAGCAGAUCGAUCCUUUACACAUUCAAGAGGGAUCAUUGAAGACGUGUUGAAAGGGCAUCUUAUACUGAGGCUUGGCGAAGAGCAAAUCUCUUUCAACGUGUUCAAGGCAAUGGAAUUCCCUACCGAGUCAGACAGCUGUUUUCAGAUCGAUGUAAUUGAUAGAAUAAUUCAAGAUACAUUUCGGCUACAUCAUCCUUCUGAUGCAUACAAGGCGUGCAUUGCACAUUCUCAAUCCACUCACACUGAUUCAAGUGAGAUUAAAACAUGUGCAUGGUUUCUGGAAACCAAUCCACCAUACAUGCGCAGAAGUUACUUCGAAGAGCUGGGAACUAGGACUACAAAGUCAGUGCCAUCUAUUCAGUAA